AUGAAUGAAACGGAAAUAAUUCAAUCUUCGUUCGUGUUUGAUAAAGUGAUUCAAGUAGAAUAUAGAGGAAAUGUGAACGGGAUUCAAUUAUACAGCGGUUAUUGUGAUCAAGAAUGGAGGAUUCGUAAAGUCAUGCACGGAGGAUAUUUGCUUUCUAUGAUUUUGAAUGCGUUUACACAUCAUUUUAGAAACGUUCAUCCGCAUCCGAUUCAGAUUUCAGCACAUUUUUUGAACACAAGCAUAGUGGGACCAUGUGAAAUAGAAAUCCAGGAUAUCAAGGCAGGAAAAACUCAAUCGGUCGCAUAUGCCAUUUUAAAACAGAAAAAUGGUAACCUGAUGGAGGAAAGUAUUGAAAAGAUUCAUGCUACGGUCAUAUUUGGUGACUUGAAUAAAGAGAAAGGGAUAUCGCAACCUUACUAUGAUGUAAUACCCUUGCCAAAAAAAUCUGAUUGUGAAUUGUUUGAACUUGAUCCAACAUUACUUUUCAUGCAUGAUCAUCUUAAAAUAUUGUUAGACACCCAAAACAAAAAUUCAAAUAGGGCUGAAAGGAAGCACUGGAUUAAAUUCAACGACGAAAGACAAUUGGACAUUAUAUCAUUAGGUGCCUUUUGUGAUUUUAUUUUCCCGGCAACUACGAACUAUCUCGAAAGAAGUUUAGGAGAGUGUUGGCAUCCAACUUUAACACUUGAAAUACAGUUUAAAAAUUUGCCGAAAGGUCAAUGGGUUGCCGGAUCUUUUAGAUCUAGAUUUUUGAGAAAUGGUAGAAAUGAAGUUGAUGGAGAACUAUGGGACGAAAGCGGCAACUUACUUUGUAUAACUAGACAUAUGUGUUUAAUCACUCCUAUUAAAACAAAUUUAUGA